UUGACUAGUUUGUUAUGUUAGUUGAUGUUUCAUGGUGAUAGUAUUUUGUGUGGAGUGGGUAGCUUUUUUGAUGUUGAAUUUUUUUUUUUUGAACAGUUGGAUAGCAAAAUAAAUCGUAGCUGUACUAAGUCUAAUAUGCUAGAAGUUUGUUUGAUAGCUAAAAAGGAACUCGCUAGGAAGAAUCGUAAAAGUAACAUUUAAUGGGGACGAUUUCUAACUAUAAUAAUGAUGUCACUAAUUUGGACAUAUUACGGGACGGGUACGGGGGAUUUGGUGGGCAGCAAUAAACACACACUUUUCCAUGUAUUUCAAUUUUUAUUGUUAUGUUUUUUCUGAAUCGUAAACUAGACUAUACUUUUCGGUAAAUAUUUACAAUCGCGGUAGAUGCCAAAAAAAAAUGCUAAAAAUCUGAAAAUACUUUUAUUCUGUGCCCUUCCACUUCCUCUUUUCAAAACAACCGGCGGAGGUAAGAAAUUCCAAAUACUUUAGGAGAUAUCGAAUUUUUUAAUUUCAUCAUAUGUAGAGUCGCGGUAGAUGCCAAAAAAAAUGCUAAAAAUCUGAAAAUACUGUUAUUCUGUGCUCUUUCACUUCCUCUUUUCAAAUCAACCGGCGGAGGUAAGAAAUUCCAAAUACUUUAGGAUAUAUCGAAUUUUUUAAUUUUCAUCACAAUACCUGUGAAUUCAGGCGGUCACCAUUGUUUCUUGUUUACGAGAAGAGUAUGAUUUUUUUUUCCGCGACGUAGGUGAACGACUACAUUGUUGCUUGUUUAGGAGUAUCUAUUAAAAUCUGAAAAUACUUUUAUUAUAGUUAUGUUAUGUUAGGUUAGCUACAUUAAAACACUUUAAAACACUAUGGACGGUUAGUUAGGUUAGUAUAGCUACAUUAAAAUAAACAGAGAAAUAUAAAUAUUAAUAAAUAAAACCGAGGUUGGCCGAAGGUAAAUGGUUCGGGUGUAAUCGGGAAUGGCAGAACUUUAUGUGCGUCUUGAUUUACCGUUCGUGAAUGCCUAAUUAAUUAAAAUGGUCGAUUAGGUCAGGUCAGUUACAUUAUUAAUACUUUCAAACUAAGCAGACAUUAAAAAUAAUAUAAAUUAAUUUUAAUGGUUGUUUAGUUUUAAAGUAUUUAUAAUGUAGCUGACCUAACAAACCGGGACAAAGGAUGAACGGUAGGAACUCACGUAAUUUUUUUACUUAUUACUUGCGCAACAAAUAAAACAUUAAAAUUUGAAACGUUAAAAACUCACAUACGUUAGAGGCGGGUACAUUCCUUUGCCAUUAGUAGAAAAUGAUGUAGUCGUUCUACCUACGUCGAGAAAAUAAAAAAUCAUAAACGUAAACAAGCAACAAUGGUCGGUUCACCUACGCGGAAAAAAAUCAUACUCGUCUCGUAAACAAGAAACAAUGGUGGCCGCCUGAAUUCACAGGUAUUGUGAUGAAAAUCUAAAAAUUCGAGGUAAAUAUUUACAAUCGCGGUAGAUGCCAAAAAAAAUGCUAAAAAUCCGAAAAUACUUUUAUUCUAUGCUCUUUCACUUCCUCUUUUAAAAUCAACCGGCGGAGAUAAGAAAUUCCAAAUACUUUAGGAGAUAUGGAAUUUUUAAAUUUUGAACAUGUAGAGUAGCGGUAUUUGCGAAAAAUAAUUCUAAAAAUCUGAAAGACUUUUAUUAUAUGCUCUUUCACUUCCUCUUUACAUUAAAACCGGCGGAGAUAAGAAAUUCCAAAUACUUUAGGAGAUAUCGAAUUUUUAGAUUUUCAUCACAUACCUGUGAAUUCAGGCGGCCACCAUUGUUUCUUGUUUACGAGACGAGUAUGAUUUUUUUCUGCGUAGGUGAACCGACCAUUGUUGCUUGUUUACGUUUAGGAUUUUUUAUUUUCGCGACGUAGGUAGAACGACUACAUCAUUUUCUACUAAUGGCAAAGGAAUGUACCCGCCUCUAACGUAUGUGAGUUUUUAACGUUUCAAAUUUUAAUGUUUUAUUUGUUGCGCAAGUAAUAAGUAAAAAAAUUACGUGAGUUCCUACCGUUCAUCCUUUGUCCCGGUUUGUUAGGUCAGCUACAUUAUAAAUACUUUAAAACUAAACAACCAUUAAAAUUAAUUUAUAUUAUUUUUAAUGUCUGCUUAGUUUGAAAGUAUUUAUAAUGUAACUGACCUGACCUAAUCGACCAUUUUAAUUAAUUAGGCAUUCACGAACGGUAAAUCAAGACGCACAUAAAGUUCUGCCAUUCCUGAUUACACCCGAACCAUUUACCUUCGGCCAACCUCGGUUUUAUUUAUUAAUAUUUAUAUUUCUCUGUUUAUUUUAAUGUAGCUAUACUAACCUAACUAACCAUCCAUAGUGUUUUAAAGUGUUUUAAUGUAGCUAACCUAACAUAACAUAACUAUAAUAAAAGUAUUUUCAGAUUUUAAUAGAUACUCCUAAACAAGCAACAAUGUAGUCGUUCACCUACGUCGCGGAAAAAAAAAAUCAUACUCGUCUCGUAAACAAGAAACAAUGGUGGCCGCCUGAAUUCACAGGUAUUGUGAUGAAAAUUUAAAAAUUUGAUAUCUCCUAAAGUAUUUGGAAUUUCUUACCUCCGCCGGUUGAUUUGAAAAGAGGAAGUGAAAGAGCACAGAAUAAAAGUAUUUUCAGAUUUUUAGCAUUUUUUUUUUGGCAUCUACCGCGACUCUACAUAUGAUGAAAUUAAAAAAUUCGAUAUCUCCUAAAGUAUUUGGAAUUUCUUACCUCCGCCGGUUGUUUUGAAAAGAGGAAGUGAAAGGGCACAGAAUAAAAGUAUUUUCAGAUAUUUAGCAUUUUUUUUUGGCAUCUACCGCGAUUGUAAAUAUUUACAAAAUUAGAUAUCUCCUAAAGUAUUUGGAAUUUCUUAUCUCCGCCGGUUUUAAUGUAAAGAGGAAGUGAAAGAGCAUAUAAUAAAAGUAAUUUCAGAUUUUUAGAAUUAUUUUUCGCAAAUACCGCUACUCUACAUGUUCAAAAUUUAAAAAUUCCAUAUCUCCUAAAGUAUUUGGAAUUUCAUAUCUCCGCCGGUUGAUUUGAAAAGAGGAAGUGAAAGAGCAUAGAAUAAAAGUAUUUUCGUAUUUUUAGCAUUUUUUUUUGGCAUCUACCGCGAUUGUAAAUAUUUACCUCAGGCCAGAUCAUUUACACUGUCUUGCCCCUCACCGGUAAUCCCUCUUUUUCUUGCACUCAUCUGACAUAGCACUCCCUUUUCAACCCUCUCGUUCUAGUCUGUUUUAUGACACUUGAUAUUUCAUUAUCAAAGAAAUUAUGUCUGUUGAAGUUACAAUUUUUGGCAUACUGUGCAUCCAAACCCAACCCAAGUAUCAAUCUUCGUCAGGGAUGUUUUUAGCAAAAUGGACAGAAUGGAGGCAUGGAGCAAUAACUUGUGCCUUGUUUGGUGGAGGAGGGGGGGGGGGGGAAGGUGAUAAGAAACACUUGGCAAGAUAUAGACCAGUCAGUAUAACUUCUAGUGUAGGAAAAGUGAUGAAAAGACUGACAGCCAUAUAAAUGGUGGGCAAAAUAGAGACACUGGGUAGGAUGGAUGAGAGACAACAUUGCUUUAGGAUAGAAUUCUCCUGUGGAAGGUGGAUAGCUCAACAAGGAAGCAGUGGAAAGGAGUGGACAAACUUUCAACCCAGCCUAACCAUAGGGAUUGAAGUUACCGGUUUUAUCUGCCGCCAGGGAGGAGACGGAAGUAGUUCGCGUGACGCCGGAUCCUUUGGAAACAGUGUUCAUCACUGUAAAGGAGGAGGUCAAUAUGGAGACUGAGGAUGUGGUGUGCGUGAAGGAAGAUUUUGUGGUGUCGGAGCCUUUUGAAACCGUUCUUUUUUCUGUGAAGAAGGAGUUUGAGAGUGAAGAUGAUGCUGUUGGAGAGUGGGCAGCUUCCUGCACUGGGAAUGCCCUUGCUCCGGUCGAGACAGCUGCCAGCAGCAGAGUGGUGGGGAAGGAUGAGAUAACUAUUGUAGAUGGCCUGGGGUGUGACAAGCUGGGAGCGCCGGUCACUUACACAGGAGUGCCGAAAGGUACUGAAUUGCAGUGCGUGGAGGAAGAAAGAAAUGAAAAUGGAAAAAGACUAUCAAAGAACUUGAAUAAUUAUGAUAGCUUGUAUGAGUCAGCCCAGUUGGAGUAUUCAAAUUUAAGUAAAGAAAAAAAACACAAAGAAGCACAACGAUCAAGAUGUGAUAAAUAUUUAACAUCUAGGGUAGCUAAAAAAAGCAGUGUUGUACACUGUGGUGAGAAGUGCUUUCCAUGUUCUUUUUGUGGUACUAAGUACCGUUAUAAGUACCAACUUAACAGACACAUCAGAACACAUACUGGCGAGAAGCCAUUCUCAUGCACAAUUUGUUCUGCCAAAUUCAUUAGCAAGCAUGAUCUUUCUAGACACAUGACAACACAUACUAGUGAGAAGCCAUUCUCAUGCACAUUAUGCUCUGCUAAAUUCAGUACAAAGAGGUAUGUUACUAGACACAUGACAACACAUACUGGUGAGAAGCCAUUCUCAUGUGCAUUAUGCUCUGCUAAAUUUAGUACCAAGCGGAAUAUUACUAGACACAUGUCAACACAUACUUUUGAGAGGCUAUUUUCAUGUGGAUUAUGCUCUGCUAAAUGCAUUAGCAAGUUAAAUCUUUCUAGACACAUGAUAACACAUACUGGUGAGAAGCCAUUCUCAUGUACAGUAUGCUCUGUUAAAUUCAUUAGCAAGCAGUAUCUUUCUAGACACAUGACAACACAUACUGGUGAGAAGCCAUUUUCAUGUGUAUUAUGCUCUGCUAAAUUCAUUCAUCAGUAUUUGCUUUCCAAUCACAUGAGAACACACACUGGUGAAAAGCCAUUCACAUGUGCAUUAUGCUUUGCUAAAUUCAUUAGCAAGCAGGAUCUUUAUAGACACAUGACAACACAUACUGGUGAGAAGCCAUUUUCAUGUGAAUUAUGCUCUGCUAAAUUCACUAGCAAGCCGAAUCUUUCUAGACACAUGAUAACACAUACUGGUGAGAAGCCACUCUCAUGUGCAUUAUGCUCUGCUAAAUUCAAUAAUAAGUAUUUACUUGCUAAUCACAUGAGAAGACACUCUGGUGUAAAGCCAUUCUCAUGUUCUUUAUGCUCUGCUAAAUUCAUUCAUCAUUAUUUACUUUCCAUUCACAUUAGAACACACACUGGUGAGAUGCCAUUCUCAUGUGCAUUAUGCUCUGCUAAAUUCAUUAGAAAGCAGGCUCUUUCUAGGCACUUGACGAAACAUACUAGUGAUGGCCCAUUCUCAUGUGUAUUAUGCUCUGCUAAAUUCAAUAGAAAGUUACAUCUUUCUAGACACCUAAGUGUACACAUUGGUGAGAAGCCAUUUUCAUGAUUAUAGAGUUUUAUUAAGGUAAUUUCAAAGAAUAGGCUUAGUGUUUGCAUAAUAAUUUAUCCUGGGUAUUUGCUAAGCUUUCUAGCUGUUUAUUAUUUGUUUGUAAUUUCAUUAAUAAUAUUUUUGAAGUUAUACUACUUUAGGCACGUUAUGAAAAAGUGAUGAGAAAAUUUUUGGAUGUGCGUGCACCAUGCAACAAAUUUUCACAUGAUAAAAAAAGGUUAAACAAAUAAAACUUAUAUAUGUGCUUUUAAAACAUAUACUUUAGCGAUUGAUAUUGAAUACUGGUCUGAUCUAUAGACUUUUCCAAGUGUAUUUAUUUAAGUGAGAUA